UAAUUGAAUAGAAAAAAAGGAUACCAUAUACUUAACGCUUUAUUUAUUUAUUUUUUUUAGUGAUUCCCAAAUCAUGUUUUAUCCAUUAGAAACUGGCUCUUGUCGUAACACUGAAUACGUUGUCUGUGGACUUCCUUCCAAGGCUCAUGGGUCAAAUCCGGUUGGAGUGACGGACAACAAACCAACUACCAAUAAUGCUCAUCCAGAUCAAGCUGUUAUGAAUUCUGGUAACAAUGGAAAAGAUACGACCACUGAUACCACCAAUCACAUGGAUCAAAUCAACAACAAUAAUCAUCCUUCUAUUCCUUCUGGUUACGUCGCCUCACCAGGAGCUCAAGCGACCAAUGUACCUCAAGCUGCUCAUAAUGAUGCCACUACAGGAAGGACACCCAACGAUAAUCAAAAUGAAAAUGACCUUGUGUUUUCUUUGAAGAUUGCUGAUAUGAAUUACAGGGUGAUCCGUCUUCAAGAAACACAUCUUACUCUCGAGUCUGCAACCUCCUUCUGUACCAGUCAUCGUGACAAUCUUGGAUCUUUGUAUGCUACCUCGUUGCCAACCUUCUCUUCAUGGAUGCAACGUGUCCAUCCUACCGAAACUAUUAUCAUUGGAUCUUGGAAUGGUGAUAGUUAUGGUGCUGGCCAAUCGCAAUGUUUGCUUUAUUCGACUACUGGUGGUAUCCAUUUGGGCUCUUGUAGUGAUGCUUCCAUCUUACUUUGUGAAUCUGAUUUUGAAAAUGAUACUCCUCAAUACAAAAGUACAUAGGUAAAUGCAAU